AUGGUUGCUUUUUCCCACCAGUUUGUACCAGGAAAAACUGAGGAAAUCAGAAAAAGAAACAAGAAUAAGAAGACUUUGAGGGAAGCUACACUUCGGAUAAACAUGGACCUGCCUCUUCCUGUGUCUCGACUGGAUGUUGAUGUGGAUUUGGGUUUUGCGCUCUUCUUCUUGGUCCUCCUCUGUUUAUUUCUGUUGGUCACAAUGGUGCGCUGUGCACAGAUGGUUUUGGACCCUUACAGUGCGAUCUCAGUGUCCACCUAUCAGGAAGAGCAAGUGGAACAAGGUUAA